AUGGCCAACACCUCACGAAGCCUUCUCGAUCUAGGCGUUCUCAUCAAAUUCCUCCUCCAACUCCCGGUUCGUCUCCUCAACACUGCUACUACACUCUCCAAGAAUGCCCUCUACAUGAUGACCCUAGUAUUAUUUGCCGAUUACUUGUACCUGAGAAAUCAAAUUCUAAAACGACAAUACAAACAAUUAACAGGUCGGUUGUAUGUUCCAUUGCAUAAUCGAUUGGGAGAGUUGGUUGGAUCGGCUACGUAUCUUUCACUUCCUUCACCGAAUACAACAAGAUCGAUUAGAAUGGCUUCUGGUUCUUCUGGUGCUUCCAUUGGAGGUGCUUUAGGAGAAGAGGAAGAGAGUGGUUCCUUGAUUAAUUAUAAUGGAAGAAGAAAUUAA